UGCUGACAUAUACAGUGGUGCCUAAAAUGCCGAUGCCAAAUCAGAGGAGUUGUCGUUGUCAUUGUCAAAAAUGAAUAGUAGAACUAUUUCUAAUUCAACGAUAGGUCACUCUUGUAAAUUCUGUGUGGUUCAUUUUGUGUGUAUCUUAUAGAUUUACAAAAAUCAUCAAUAUGUGGUUUUUAUAUCUACUUAGUUGGAUAGCUUUAUUAGUGCAAAUUUCAUUUGUUACAGUUUCUCUAGCUGCUGGGUUAUAUUACAUUGCUGAACUGGUAGAAGAAUAUACAGUACUAUCAAAGAAAAUCAUAUGGUGGAUGACAAUUAUCACAUUGGGUAUCUACCUUGGUUUCUUCCUGUUUGAAGAUCUACCGACGGCCAUGGUUGUCUGCGGACUGCUCGCCCAGGUUGCCCACCUCCUUAUCCUCAAGACAUUCCCAUAUGUCGCUCUCUCCUCACCUAGCUUCAUCGUAGCUGUUUUUCUGCUGCUAGUCAAUCACUACUUUGCAUUCCAGUAUUUCAAUUCAAUUUACCAUCCGUUCUCUGAGGUGAUGGCAUAUUUCACCCUCUGCCUUUGGCUUGUCCCAUUUGCAUUGUUCGUCUCCUUGUCAGCCAAUGAAAACGUGUUGCCCACUCUAGCAGAGACAAGGCCAUUGCUUGGAGAGGACAAUGAUGUAGUCAGCCACUACUUCUCCAGUCGAAACAAGAAGUAUGGUUUGUUAACACUUUUCAACUACGCCAAAGACUCAAUUCUCCCUCAGCGGAGCAAGAAAACAUUUUAAAUUAAACUUAAUUUUUAACUUUGUAUAUACUGAGCACCACCUCUGCAACCCUGUGUGAUAUACUGUACAGAUUUUAUUGUAUAUACGUAAUAAGGUAGCUUUAAUUUGUGAUUGUCAACAAUUUUUACUUUAUUUAAACAGUAUAGGUACACGCUCAAUACAUUAAUAUUGCAAAAUAAACUGAAUGUUCAACAUUAAA